CUCUACUCUACAUCGCAUGCUUCCUUCAAACAUUUGGCUUCUGUAGCUCUCAUAUAACUCCACACCUAUCCAAUACAUGUCCUUCAAAAUCAUUUUACUCAGCUGAAGAAUAAAACUUAUUUAUUUGUAGUUUCAUUUUCUUGAGAGUGCAACGGGGGAAAAUGGGAAGAGCACCAUGUUGUGAGAAAAUGGGGAUGAAGAGAGGACCAUGGACUCCUGCAGAAGAUCAAAUCUUGAUCAAUCACAUUCAUCUCUAUGGUCACUCUAAUUGGCGAGCUCUUCCCAAACUCGCUGGUCUACUCAGAUGUGGAAAGAGUUGCAGACUUCGUUGGAUCAAUUAUCUGAGGCCAGGCAUCAAACGUGGCAAUUUCACUCCUAAAGAAGAACAAACCAUCAUCAAUCUACACGAAGUCCUGGGCAACAGAUGGUCUGUGAUUGCUGCAAAAUUGCCAGGACGAACCGACAACGAAAUAAAAAAUGUUUGGCACACUCAUUUGAAGAAAAGACUCAACAAAAACCAAAACAAUGGCGGAGACAACAAAGACAUUAACGGAAACAACGAGAUCACAAACAAAGACAAAGAAUCUGUACUUGUCGACACAACCUCUCUACAACAGGUUUCUAAUGGUAUCACAACAUUUGAGAUGUCAAACAAUAACAAGGACGAUAUGAUGUCGUACGAGAAUAAGUCUGCAUUGGUUGGUGCGAGUUGUUGGUCAGACGUGGUAUAUGUAGAUAAUUCCAGUAAUAAUGAGAAGAAGAUAGAUGAUUGGGAAGGAUUGCUAGAUAUGAACAGUAACAAAUUUAGUUAUAAUAAUUCGAAGCUGUAUGGCGACGACAUGGAGUUUUGGUUUCAGCUUUUUAAUAGUAGUCGUAGGAUUGAGGAACUUUCUGACAUAACCGAGUUCUGGUUUUGAUUUGUGUUGUUUCUGUUUUAAGACUUGAAAGUCUUUUUUGUAAACCAGAUGAAUAAAUUUAAACCUCAUCAUCAGUAAA